CCUCCUUUCUAUAUUUAGUCGAGGUCUUCGCUCGGGUCUUCUUUCUCUCAAAAUCUUUUCCCAAUUUCUUUAAGCUCGCUAACCAUUUUCUUUGCAGACUUUCCAAACCCUAAUCCUAAAACCCAAAUCCACGUUUUUCUUUCAGAGCCUAGCAGAACAUGGGUGAAACAAGAGACAACGAUGCUUAUGAGGAGGAGCUUCUCGACUACGAGGAAGAAGAAGAGAAAGUCCCUGACUCUGUUGCUAAAGUCAAUGGCGAAUCCGCCAAGAAGGGCUAUGUUGGAAUACACAGUUCCGGAUUCAGAGACUUCCUUUUGAAGCCAGAGCUUCUACGUGCCAUUGUGGACUCGGGAUUUGAGCAUCCUUCUGAAGUUCAACAUGAGUGUAUCCCUCAAGCAAUCUUGGGCAUGGAUGUCAUCUGUCAAGCUAAAUCUGGAAUGGGGAAGACUGCUGUAUUCGUUUUGUCCACUCUCCAGCAAAUUGAGCCUACAUCUGGCCAAGUUAUUGCUCUUGUUCUGUGUCAUACUAGGGAAUUGGCAUAUCAGAUAUGUCAUGAGUUUGAGAGGUUCAGUACGUACUUGCCUGAUAUCAAGGUUGCCGUCUUUUAUGGUGGUGUUCAUAUCAAAACUCACAAGGAUUUAUUGAAAAAUGAAUGCCCACAUAUUGUUGUUGGCACACCUGGAAGAAUACUGGCACUGGCUAGAGAUAAGGAACUUUCAUUGAAGAAUGUGAGGCAUUUUAUUCUUGAUGAAUGUGACAAGAUGCUUGAAUCACUUGACAUGAGGAGAGAUGUGCAGGAGAUCUUCAAGAUGACUCCUCAUGAUAAACAAGUUAUGAUGUUUUCUGCAACACUCAGCAAAGAAAUCCGCCCAGUCUGCAAGAAAUUUAUGCAAGAUCCCAUGGAAAUUUACGUUGAUGAUGAAGCCAAGUUGACCCUACACGGUCUCGUACAGCACUACAUCAAAUUGACUGAGCUGGAGAAAAACCGGAAGUUGAAUGAUCUCCUUGAUGCACUGGACUUCAAUCAAGUUGUUAUUUUUGUCAAAAGUGUGAACAGAGCUGCCGAGCUUAACAAGUUACUUGUGGAGUGCAACUUUCCCUCAAUUUGUAUCCAUUCUGGAAUGUCCCAAGAAGAAAGGUUGACACGCUACAAGGGAUUCAAGGAGGGGCAUAAAAGGAUUCUUGUGGCCACUGAUUUGGUUGGGCGAGGGAUUGAUAUCGAACGUGUGAACAUUGUUAUCAACUAUGACAUGCCAGACUCUGCCGACACUUAUCUACACAGAGUUGGUAGAGCUGGUAGGUUUGGCACUAAAGGGCUUGCAAUUACAUUUGUAUCAUCUGCUUCAGACUCUGAUGUUCUAAAUCAGGUUCAGGAGAGGUUUGAGGUGGACAUAAAAGAGCUUCCUGAGCAGAUUGAUACUUCUACAUAUAUGCCUUCUUAGAGGAGGUUCACUUGGCGGCAUGAAUGUUUAAAAGCUGAAAGCUGAAACCAUAUAUUAUGGUGCCAGAAGAUUUGAUGUUAUCAUGUUCUCCGACCUACUGUGUAGUACUUACAAUAUUGGACCGUAGAAGGCAGAUUUCUUUGCUUUUGAAUGUCGGUAGUUUUAAGUUUAUUGUAGACCGACUCUUUGGGCCAUUCACAUGGGGAAUAGGUUUAGACUUUACUAGGGUUUCUCAUGAAAUGCAAGCCGCUAUUUACUAAUUCAUAUAUGCAGGUGAUGUGGCCAUAUAGCUGAGUUGUGCGGACUUUAAUUAGCGGAAUUUGGAAAUAUUUUUUAUGCCUCAUCAUUUGGUGCUUUUGAAUUAUACUGCCCGGUGAUUUUCUUUUUUA